GACCGAGUCUGAUACGUCAAUGUACAUUUAUGUAUUAAUAUCAACAUCGGUCUUCAAGAAUGUAUUUUGUCCAUAUCGACGUAACCGGGUACAAUCUCAUCUAUUUUACACACGCAUGUCACUUUUGAUCAAUUGGCAUCCGUGUGUUGUGCGAGAUGUGUCAUGAUUCUUCUUGUCUAAUCAUGAUACCAUCAUACGUACAUACCUCCUACUUCGUCGUCGACAUAUGAAAUAUCACGUUGAGAUGGAUGUAGGAAGAUGCCACAUAUACAACUAUCCUCUGUUAUACAGAUUAGUCCUGGAUUGGGAAACAUCGACGCAUCACUAGGUAACGUGCACAAGCAAUUAAAGUCCAAAUGCUGAGAUGUGACCACUGCCUUCCAUCUGUAGAUCGGCCUCACCUACCAAGAUUCACGUCAAGUCACUAGGUAUACCUAGGUAAUUACCCUUUUCUUGGCCUUGUUGAAUCCGCCGGGUCUCUCCUUUUCCCAUAGACGUCAGAUGGGACAUAAAUGCGCCUCUUUCCUCUGAUCGGAUCCUAUGUUUUGCCUCCCAUCAUCAUCACCACACCCUGCAGUCUAAAACAAACAACAGCAUAAGAACCUACACACUAAAACCAUUCUCCCCUCAUACUAUACCUAUAUACCUCAUUUUCAAUAUCAUCAAUAGCAUCAAACCCAAUUCACCAUGAAGUGGCCCGUCAACCUACUUCCCCUCGGCCUUCUUGCCGCUUUCGUUUCCGCAGCCCCUAUUGUGGAGCGACAACUCGACCUCUACCAACUCCAAAUCUCUUGCCCAGCAAACAAGAAUGUCGACGGUCGGUUCCUUUCAAUGAAGAACAACACCUUGGGCGUCUUCGAGGGAGAUGAUGUCUCUCCCGUUAAAGUGUACACGGUCCAAGGCGAGAAAGAAGGCCUCAACGAGUUACACACAUACCCUGUCGGUAUCGUCGACCACUCCGUCGGCCUCAUGGGUCCUCCUGGUCUGUUAACUCUUGUCGACAUGACCAACCCUCGCACUAUCCAACCCGGAGAGGGCCAGGUCGCACAAUGGGACACUUUCCGCCUUGAUGCUGGAAAGCUUACCAACGACGGAGAGGGUCAAUGGCUCGCCUUCCCUGGUGUUGGCGACACCUGGUAUGUGAAAUGGUCUGAUGGUUCCGCUGUUAUCACCGCCGACUUCAUGAUUGUUGACGUCGUAUAUACGGAUGCUGGCGAGGGCCGCUUCAACGGAGAGUAGAUCAUGGUCAACGGCGUUGGGGGAAAGGUGAAAAAGUGUAAUUACUAAUUAAGGUGGACGAACCGAAGAGGAUAUCACUCCACUAAUAGUUCACUGUCACUACUUCGUAGCUUACAUACCUAGGAAGUCUUGGUUGGCAAGAUAAAUAAAAGUUGAUGCUUUCUUUUUA